AUGAUUGUACUUGGCUGGAUGCUUUUUGUUGGACUUGCAUGUUACAUGGGCACAUUUCCAGAGUUUGUGCCUCCACCUCUAAAGUGGAAACAGAAGUGGCCCAUUAGUGAGAGCAAGGCACGACGGAGGAGCCGGGCUUUGGAGGAAGAUCUGUCACUGAACGAUGUGGAAGGGAUUUAAAUAUCCCCCAGGAGGGACCCCUGUGGAAGUAAGCAAGGAUGAUCCUGGUGAAGUAAUGCAGCUCUGAAGCUCACCUGACUAGCUGUACAGUUCCUGUUGUUGGUUUCUCAUAAAGUAAUUGCACAUUAUUUUGUCAUAUUUUAUGUCCAGUUCCGCACUUUUUAAGAUGAACAAAGAYGGUAUUAUUAUUUUAUAACAGGAAGGUAGAGGGUAAGAAGGUGGUAGGAGAUGAUUGGGUCCCUUCCAAGGCAAUUUUGUGUCCCCUACUCAAUUUCCUUAAGGAUAGAAAUUUCUAGAGCUCUUUAGACCUACUUUCCAAAUAAUAUCCUCCUCCUAAGUACUGUUAACAAAAAAAGGCUAGAGGUUACAGCAACUUUAAGCCUGUUCUUUGUAGGCGGCAUUUCUCUGUAGCCUUUUUAGUUAUUACUAAGAACACAAAGUUUACCCCAUGUGGGGAAAGGAACUCAUUUUAAAAUUGAGAACAGAUACUAAAAUAUACAUAUUAGCCUUCCGAAACUGGGUGUUAACUUUGCAAUGUGGCAGAAAUUGAGAGGCUUAAAUAUCUUUCCAACACAGCUCUAGGCCGAAGUCAAGAUUAAGACCCAGGCCUUGUCCAGUACAUGCUUUUAUGUGCUAAGGCAAGUCCAAUGAGAAGGACUGGGAUAUCUGAGAUUUUGUUACCUAAAUGUCUAUCACCUGAAGACAAGAAGCUGCCUGAUAAUUCCUCAAAGCCAGUAUAUGCAGACAUAAAAGCUAACGGCUCAGACCUCCAUAUGGUACAGCGUAGUUUAUGAAACCGGGAUGGAAACUGAGUAAGAAACCUAUUUUAUUAAUAAAUUUAAGUGUAGGAACACUAGAAUUUUUUUGUGAUGCUGGGGAUUGACUACAGGGUCUCUCACAUUGCCGGGCUAGCAUUUUACCACUGAGCUACAUCCCUAGCCCUAGCCCUGAACCCUAGGAUCUUUAUAAGCCCUCUGAAAGUGGUUUGAGGAUUUCAAUUAACACUCAGGGGGG